AUGGCGCUACAUACGCAGCGGGACUAUCAUACUAUCGGAGAUCCAGGCAGAUACGCGUUGAGGACACUCAAGCAUGGUGAAAAAAAUUGUUUCCAAACAUAUAAUCUAGACGUGUCGAAAAUAAAUUGUAAGGAAGAUUUUCUACGCUGUAUUGGUCUUCAAAGAAGAAACUCUCAGUACAAAUAUAAAAUAAUAAACAGUGGUCGUAAAAUGAAAAGGAUUAAUAUUCCCAAUGGUGUAAUAUUGCGUGACUGCUCCAUUGUUAUCCUGGGGGUGGCAUGCGAAUUAUGUGGAAAAUGUUUUAAAUGUGAAACUGACUUGAAUAUACACAUUUCGUUGAAACACUGGACUUACGAAAAGAUUCAUAGCACAAAUAUAGAAAGAACUCGAUGCACGAAAAAUGAAAUCGAGGUAUGUGAAAAAUUCCUAAAAUCUUUCAACAAUACGACGAUUGAGCCUGCCAAAAGUUUUGCAACGAGAGAGCACAAAAUGGUGCCUUUAACUUUGAAAAUAGGAGAGGAAGUUAUUGCCAAAAAAUUAAUGAAGCGAAAGCAUUUGAAGAAAGCCCUCGACAAGAUUCAAAUCGAAUCGGGUCGUAAAACGGAAUUAAUUGCGGGCAAAAAUAUGCAUGGAAGUACUGUUUCUUGUAUCGAUCCUGUUGUGUUCAAUAGUCCUUACCAAUGUUGCAACCCGUCUGUGCACGCGGUACAAUGUUCGAAUCGAUAUUUGGCUAGCAAUAUUGUAGCAAGCGAGCAGGUGGUUCGUGAGAAAAUUAUAGCGCGGGAGAAAAUUGACGCUUCGAACAGGUUGAAGGAAUCAUGCGCAAUACUAGGGAAUAAAAAAUGUGACGUUACGGUUCAUGGCGCGUCGACGACAUCUCUUGAGUUAAAUAUGUCGUUUAUAACUGAAAAUUGUAAUAUACACGAACUGGGUGUUUCUAAAGAAAACAAUUUGAAAGAAGUUAUUUCGACAUCUUUGAGUGAUACUUUAAUAUUUAACGAACUGUGUAAGGCACAGUUCACUGCAGCAUCAAACACAAUUUUGAACUGUGAUAGUAUUACAUCUUCGAAGGGUACGUGUACUCAAUGGACGAAUAUCAAGCCAGAAAACGUUACUGAGAACACGAAACAAGAAGAUAUCAGCACAAAUCAAAAAGACUUCACUUUAAACAAGAUGGAAAAAUAUACGUCGAAAAAGAUGACUGACGAUUUAGACGAUGACUCUAAAACGAUACAUCUGAUACUGCCGUUUAUUGUGCCAAUAGUCGUGCCAAAUGCAAGUGUUCCAAGUUCACCAGUCAAAGUUACGAUACAAGCAACAACAACAGAGCAAAGGAAACAGGAGCAACAAGAUAUGAAGAAGAUGGAAGAUCUAGGGUUGCAUUUACUAGAGAAGGUGAUCGAUUGUACGAAGAAGAAGAAACGUUCGAAAUCUAAUAGCAAGUCUAGCGACACGAAUGACGAUUGUGCCAAAGAAAAGAAGAAGAGAAUUAUAACUGAAUCGAAUAGUGAUUGUAAAAAUCAGACCAAAGAAAAACACACUUCAGGCAUGAAGGAGCAUGCGAAAGCACAAGGUUUCAAUAGCAUAACGACAAUAGGUGUUGUAGUGCCUGAUAACGUGAAGGAAAAUUUGAUGACACACAAUGAGAAUAUAGACAUAGCGGAAAUGACUCGACGAUAUGGCAUUAAUUAUUACAACGAUGUGUCCAAGAUAAAUGAUAACGCGCAGAGUGUCCAGGAACCUGUUAGUCGAUUCCUUGUCCCGUCUUCCGGCGAAAUGGAAAACAGGAGUAAUGGAACGAUUGUAAUAGAUCUAGUCGUCGAUGAAUAGCAAUAGGAGCAAUAGCCCCGAUGGAUGAUUAGCGUAGUUUUACAAAAUACUUUGUUCGUUGUUGCGAACCAAUGAUGGAUUUGUUUUCCGAACAAUACAUAAUGAAACGAAAAUGUUGGAACAUUUGUUUGAUACUUUUUUUAUAUAUUUUUUUAUAUAGUUAAGCAAGUAUUAA